CGUACAAAUUACGGAAUUACAGAGAUUACUCUUACUGACGGAGUGCCGUCUGUUCGCGCGCCAUCUGACGUGGCGGGCGCACGUUGCCGCUGUAACAACGUGCGUGGCGCGGCACGGUAACAUGGCCGCCGCCGGCACCGCCAUACGGGACUCACGAGUGCGCGAGUGCGGAACGCGUGCGGAAUACCGGACUCUUCUGCUCGACGUGCACGGAUCGCUCUCGCCACGGGAGUUGCUAAGCGACGAUGACGCAGAGAUACGUGGACCUGUAUCUGGAGCGGCCGAUAAUCGUGUUACCGGAGACGACUUCGCAUCUGAGCGUCAUGUACGAGAUGCGAAGUAUUUACGGACGCCAAUUCAAGGAACCAUUCCGCUGUGCCGAUGUGGUCACCACUGCCGAAGCCACCGUCACCGCCACCGCCACCGUCGCCACCGAGUUUGAGGCCGAGUUGCGCGAUGUUAACACGCAGGUUGUCCGCUUUCUGCAGGCACCUGUACCAGAAUAUGGGGCAUUGGAAGCUAGACAAGAAAAAAUUCUUGGCCAACUCGCAGACCUCAAACAGCAGGUGGUUAUGCUAUGUCAAUUCUUGAAACAAUCUGCUAACACAGGAAUUCAGAAAAACAUUCCACAUGUUCAGAAACCAGUUGUCCUUGAACUAGUGUUGAAUGUGAAUCCAAAGAAACCACCGUACUCGAUACUUGCUUUGCAGAAAAUUUGGACUGACACUAGUAUUAGAGUGUCGCCAUAUAUUCAUUCUACUAUUUAUCACGAUCAAGUUCCUUUAUUUUAUACUAAAUUAGGAAACAGCUCUGGGAAUGUUAUAAACUUGUCACUGAUAUGGAAAAAAGUUGAAGAUUUGGAAGUUGUAUCAGGUGUGAAAUCUUAUCCCAUAAAAGGCGAGGUCAAUUUCCUCAGAUAUCUAAGUAGACUUAUAAAAUCGCAUAAUUAUGAACAUUCAUGCUUACAUCCGCAUACGUUAGAUUUCGCACUCGACUUAAUUGAUUCACUGCAUAAUGAAGAGAAUGCAGAACGCAUAGAAAAGGAAUUGAUUGUAUUAGCUAAUAAAUUUGAAAAGUGGUCUUCCAAGAAGGAAUUUAACAUUGUGGACAUUGCACUGUGGUCUUUAAUAAAACAAUUUCCUAAAAUGAAUUUACCGUCGGCUCUCUAUAAAUGGUAUGACUCAUGCGAAAAAGCUUUUAUAGAUGAAAAGUUACAUUAUGAUAAUUAUAUAAAUUAGUUAUAACAUAUAGUCAUUACAAAUAGAUUAUUUUUCUUAUAUAAAAAUUUUAAUACGUUGAUAAAUACAUAUCUUUUAUUGGUAAAUGUCAAGUUUAGAUGUCUCACCUCCAAUUUUGAUAAAAAUUAGAUUUAUAGAUAGUAAAGCAGUAAAAGACAAAGGCUGAAUAAUUAUUUGGUGUAUUUAUAGAUAUAUUAGAAGUAAAGGAAGAAUUAUAUGAAAAAUAGCAGAUAUAAAGAGAGGACAGGAAUACAGAUAGUAAAUUGGGAAAGUGGACACGUGCUAUAUAAUCGUUAAAGUCCCCCCCCCCGUUCUUCUUCCGGUUGAGAACAGUAUUUAAUGUGGCUUCCGUCAAGUUCUCCGACGAUGUACACUUUUCCUAUUUCGUUAUUUCUUCCUGUUCUAUGUUAGAUUUACCUAUUUUUUAUUCAAUUUGUUCUUUUAUUGCUUUAAUUAGAUCUAUAUCCUUUAGUAAAUCUCAAAA